AUGAGCGAGUCUGCCAACGGAGAUACACCGAUGGACGACGUAGCAUCGUCCUCGGCCCAGAUUCAAGCGCCAGCCAAGGCGAAGAAAGUCACAGAAGCUCUGAAGAUUCCCCCGACAGUGCAAGAGCGAUGGCGUGAUGCCACGGUAGCCUCGCUCUCCCUCUUACCGCCAGCCGCUGUUGCAUCCAGCGCCUCGGUACAAGAUGCGCUUACAUUAUCGCGCGCACAUAACGGACAAUGUGUUUUGAUUGUGGAUGAUGCACAUGUGCGUGGCUUUGUCGACUUGAUCGACCUUGUUGCCCACGAGACGCAGGGGUCGCCGGACGAUGCUGUCGCAGAGAUUCAGCGGUCGUUUGGCGAUGCGCCUUCUACGUUCCCAACGACAUUCCGUGUGAUUCAUACAGCUACGCCUCUUGCUGAGGUUGCCGUGUUCUUGGAGACGGCCCCGAUGGCGCUCGUCACCGACGAGGCGUGCACGCAGAUCGUGCAUGUCGUGACCCAAGGCGAUUUGACGCGGUACGCUGAUCGUAUGGGUAUUGAUAUGCGCCCUAGUGCACUGGGCAGCCGCGUCGAAGAAGAAUCGAGCCGCGACCGCUCGUUGGCUGAUGUGCUACGAUUGCUCGAUGGCUAUGCUCCGUUGAUUCCAGACGAGGUCUCCGACUACUACUUGGAGCGCGCAGGCUUCCAGUGUGAUGAUGUGCGAUUGAAACGAUUGCUUGCCCUGGCUACAGAGAAAUUUGUGGCUGACAUUGCUUCGGACGCGUUCCAGUACGCGCGGAUCCGAACCAAUGCAGGCCCGAACCGCAGCUCGCGGCCAGGCGCGACAGCGCGUGACCGCACUCGCACCGUGCUCACGAUGGACGACCUCAGCGCAGCGCUCGGUGAGUAUGGGAUUGAUGCGCGACGCGCCGAAACCUUCCGUUAG